AUGCAACUGAACGUCAUUUGGUUGGAACCCUCUGAAGACAAUUGGAAGGUGAUUGAUCUAGUUGGUUUGUCGACAUCCGAAUCGAUUGUGGAAGAAGGAAGAAAAGGAAGCAGUCGAGGUAAUACGCCAAAAAAGGAGAAGAGACCCUAUGCCUAUGCCUUUUACGCCACAACCUCCGCUUAUGCCUGCGGUGCCUUUGUGCAAGUGGCUCAGUUGAGAGAUCUAGGAACACCUGCCAGCAUUGAUUUCGUACUAUU